AUGGAGAUGGAGAUUAAGGUGAUCCCAGAGAAGGCGCGAGGUGGCGGCGAUGCCAAGCCAGAGGCCCCGGCUAUUGAAGGAGUCUCUAGGGGAGAGAGGGGCCCGAGGUUUGCUGAUCUAGGUGGGAUGGAGGCGGUGAUAGAGCAGCUCAUGAUGGAAUUGGUGGUACCCCUGUGCCACCCUGAGCUGCCACAGCGUCCUGGGGUUAGGCCUGUUGCUGGGCUGCUGCUGCACGGACCGCCUGGCUGUGGAAAGACCACCCUUGCACAUGCCAUUGCCAAUGAGACUGGUGUGCCAUUCUACAAGAUCUCGGCCCCUGAAGUCGUGUCUGGGGUAUCUGGGGCUUCUGAGGAAAACAUCAGGGGCUUGUUUCAGAAGGCAUAUAGGACUGUUCCUUCAAUUGUGUUCAUAGAUGAGAUAGAUGCAAUUGCAUCAAAGAGGGAGAAUUUGCAACGGGAGAUGGAGCGACGGAUAGUUACUCAACUGAUGACAUGCAUGGAUGAAUUCCACCAGAAUAUUGGUGGUGGUGAUUCUGAUGCCGAAUCAUCUGAAAAGAAACCUGGUUAUGUUAUUGUCAUUGGAGCUACAAACAGGCCUGAUGCUGUGGACCAAGCUCUGCGAAGGCCAGGAAGGUUUGAUCGAGAGAUAUCUCUUGGUAUUCCAGAUGAGCAUGCACGGAAACAGAUACUGAAGAUGCUUACGCAGAACCUUCGACUUGAAGGCCAAUUUGACUUAUUCAAGAUAGCAAGGGCCACACCAGGUUUUGUUGGUGCUGACUUGAAGGCUUUAAUUGAUAAGGCAGGUAAUCUGGCAAUGAAGAGAAUAAUUGAUGAAAGAAGAGUUCAGUAUUCUCAUGAGCAUGAUGGAAACAACAAGCCUGACUGGUGGAGGCAACCUUGGGAUGCAGACGAGGUGGAGAGCUUACAUAUUACCAUGGGUGACUUCCAGGAAGCAGUAAAAAUGGUUCAACCAUCUUUGAGAAGAGAAGGUUUUUCUUCUAUCCCUGAUGUCGCAUGGGAUGAUGUUGGAGGUCUUGAUUCAUUGAGGAGAGAGUUCGACCGCUGCAUUAUUAGAUGUAUUAAGAAUCCUGAAGAUUAUGAGGCAUUUGGAGUGAAUUUGCAAGCUGGCUUCCUGCUGUUUGGACCUCCGGGUUGUGGGAAGACACUAAUAGCAAAAGCAGUGGCACAUGAGGCAGGGGCUAAUUUUAUUCAUAUUAAGGGGCCUGAGCUAUUGAACAAGUAUGUUGGGGAGAGUGAAUCAGAAGUUAGGAAAGUAUUCAUCCGUGCACGCACUAACUCUCCAUGCAUACUUUUUUUUGAUGAGGUAGAUGCAUUGACAACAAAGAGAGAGAACGAGGGGGGAUGGGUUGUUGAACGUGUCGUAACCCAGUUACUUACUGAACUUGAAGAUCAACGUCAAGGUGUUUAUGUCAUCGGAGCUACAAACAGAAUUGAUGUGAUAGUUGAUGCUGUUUUGCGGCCUGGUAGAUUUUGUAAGAAACAUUAUGUACCUUUACCUGGUGUUGAUGAACGGGUUUCAAUACUAAAAGCAUGUGCUCGAAGCAAACCCAUCUCCUCAGGUGUUGGUUUGGAUGCACUGGCAUGUCGAGAGGAGUGCAGCAAUCUCACUGGUGCCUACCUAGCAUCACUGGUGAAUGAAGCAGCCAUGGCAGCGUUGGAAGAGAGAUUGGAGUUCCUUGAGAAUGGCACAUCGUCAAUGAGUUCAUCUUGUUUGAUUGAACUAUCACACUUUGAACAAGCUCUAUCGAAGGUGAAGCCAUCAGUAUCUGAACAGCAAUUUCCUUUUUUGGCAUUUUUUGUAUUCCUCGGCUGCCGUUCCGUUCUGGAUGUACCAUUGUCCUCAGUAGCUUCAGCUUGGGAUGAAGCUUAUCCAAUGCCGCCCUGA